AUGAGUGGCAUGGCCGACCUGAUCGAGCACCUGCUCUUUGAGGUGGCUCGUUCCGGCUUCAAAGGUAGGUGGGCAAAAUUCCAAGAGUUCGUGCACGUGAUCAGCAGCAGAAGCAGCAGCAGCAGUAGGAGCAAGCAUGACGGUGGCAUUCGGAAUAUUGGACGACGAGCGGUGCAUGAUUGCAACUGACGUCGAGCUUUCCAGGCCUUACGGAACAGCGAUUUGAGAGGCUUGUGACAGCCUUCUAUGACAAGGGAAAUUCCGAGCCAGCAGAAGCGAAUGGCACUCGACACGACAAUGUCACCCCAAGUGUACCAGUCGAGCAUCGCGGCAAGAUUGACGCCAUCCUGUUCGAUGACAUCUUCCAGAGGCUAUGCGACCACCCGGACAUUGGGCUGCGCGAAAUCAAGGGCCAGGGCGUUGGAGAGGAAGAGGAACAAGUUCCGGAUUCCAUGCUGUCCCAUGCGCUCAAAGCAAAGCUCUCCGGAAAGCGGAUUUUCACUACCGAUGAACGGAUGUGGCGAGCUCUUACUGGCCACGGUGUUGACCAUACCCGCAUACCUGGAAAGCAAUUCGAGCUACUCGCAAACAUUGCUGCGUUCGGACCGGCUGGCGUAUUACAGCCUCACCUAGCUCAGAUGACGGAACAAGACAAUCGCUCUGUGCCAACACGGACCGACACUCUUGCUGCGAAAGGCUACAUUACCAAAGAGCCGGUCAUUGGCGCUGGUACAAAGACUAGUCUACUUAGACUGAAGCCGUUUGUACCGCUGCAGUCCUUGCCCCAGUCUAACAGCAGCGACGGCCAAAUCAUUUCCGACCAAGAUCCCUCUCCGCCACGCUGGAACACCAAUUUGCCGAUCAACAACAUCAUUCACGACCUAAUCAACGAAUCAGGCCAAAAGGGCAUCACUGCGGGUGAGCUGACCUCCCGUCUCACUGGUCACCUCUGGCGGAGCUCUGUAGAGGACAUCCUCGCCUGCCUGGUCACGAGUAGCCGAAGGUCACAGCCACUACACCUCAAGCACUUAGCUAUAACUCGGAAUGAGGAGAUCUUCCAGGGCGAGCCAAGGGCGCGGUAUCGCACGGUCUCAAACUUCGACAAGGCUGUUGCAGCUGGCGAGGUUAUUCCAAAAACCACCAAACGUAUCGGCCGUUUGUCAAGAGCCGACACGGACAACUCAAACUCUGAAGUUGAUGAGUGGGGCUUUCCCGUCAUUGUCUUGAGCAGUUCCGCCGAACCUACAGAGCUCACACAGGGCGCGAAGCUGACUGACGCUGCAGACACGAAUGUGUCUGCUCCAAAGGCCUGGAUUGGUAAUUUCAAGCGCACUGCUUACGUCGAUGAUGACGAGGCAAGAGGGGAGGAUGGAAGUCUUGGUCCCUCGCAAAGCAGCGACAAUCCUGCUAAGCGUGUUACCCGUGGGAAGAGGGUACGUGUCGACGACUUUGAGGCGGCCGCAGCGUUGGGUGAGGUUGAAGGGUCUCAAAAGAAAAGGCAGAAACGAUCACCCCGAGCGGACGGCGAUAGGAAAGCUCGUCGCAAGCGUCGGCGCCCUGAGGGCGAGCUCGAUGGCAGUGAUACCAAUCGUGAAGAGAAUCAUGCAUCUUCGACCCCUGCAGCCGAUGCGGAAACUCCUCGUGCGAAGAAGAAGUAUCUCCUGCCAGAACUUCCUGUUGUCAAGAAGCGCAAGAUUACUGAAGAGGAACGUGAAGAGUACGAAAUAGCCGCACAGGCGACAGCAGAGCGACGAGCAAGAGUUGAGAUGAGGCUCAGUAUACGACGCAAGGCAGCUGAAAUUCGAAGCUCUGGGGGGCCAACGGAACAAGCAACUGAUCUUGCAUCUAUCUCGGUCUCGCUCGAACAAGACGACGACCACGAACAAAUACCGCCAGAGCGUGUUGCCCAGAUCAAAGCAGACAUACUUGCCCAAGUCAAGCCUGGUGUGUAUAUCGACCCGCCCGAGGCUCGCAAAUCGAAGUUGGAGAACUUCAUCCGGAGAGGACGUCCGAGGAAAUCGCUUCUUGCGGUGGUCAAGACUCCUCAUCUGAAACAAUUGACCUGGUUUAAAGACGACAGCGGUCCUCGAUAUGCGCCGAUCCGUAAGCGCGCUGAGCCAAAAGCUGUCACAGCAGCCGAUGUCCCCUCGUCCAAAGAUAGACCAGACAGCUCUGUUCCUCAAUCCAAUAUUGGAGUGCCAACUGGGGACACAGGCCGCUUCGAUCAGCCCAAUUAUCCGUCAGCUAAGGGACUUAUGCAACCCCAAGGUUCACGAACUGUCCAGUCAGAACAAACAGCAAGUAUCGUCCCAACGCAAAAGCAACCGACACCGGAACAUCCAGUAACAGCAGUAUCGCCACCUCAGAGCCAGCAACAAUGGCCAGCUUCAGCUUCAGUGCAGUCUCAAGCGGAGGAACAGGUGCCUGACGCCCGCCCGCCCGCAGCGGCUUCCAGACCUCUAGCGGGAGUAUUAGUUCCGACCACACAGCCUUCUCAUGUCAACAAUGCUACCCACUGUCAACAGAUGGCUCGGGUGGAACGGCUGCCCACGCAAGGUAUAGAUCCAACCUCUCUCAGCCAACGCGCAGCUGUGCCUGAGCAGGGUGCGUCCGGACCCAUGGGAUUGAACGGCUCUCCUGUUUCUUCCGCACCUCCAGGCCCCUCUUCGGUUCCGUACGAGCCAUUUUCCAUCUUCAACACCUUCCCUGGAUCGACAAUGGCCUCUCGCAGCGGCUCUUACUUACUGAGGGCCUCACCAGGCAAGCUGAGUGCCAGGGCGCCCUGGUAUGAAACGGCUGCGCCUGGGAGCAAAUCCAGUCAAGAAGAGUCGAAUUCAGCACGCCUUUCGCAAGAUAGAGUAGACGAACUCAGUGAGCCAAGUGCUACAGCUAGCUCCUCUACAAACGCCGAUAGAAUCUUGCCUGGCCAGUCACAGGAGGUCACACCACAGGCGCAAUCUACUUCCCGAGCUGCAUUCCCACUUGCUAAACCACUACCAACCCGCCCCUCGAAGGCUACUGUGUCAGCACAGGUGCAAUACGUCGUGAACAACAUGAGUGAUGAAUCAGCUGGGCGCAACUGUGAAUAUGAUCCCACACAUUCUGGGACUAUUCCUGGCUCCAGUCUACCUGUAGCAGACAUCAUCAAAUUUACACCUUCGAACGCUACGCCGGACCGAUCAGCUACAAAGGCACGGACAGAGACGACAAAGACAACAAGCUCUCCGACGCUACCGGAACAAGCAGCAACUACGAUCAAUCAUGGACUGCCGGCGUCGUACACUGCCCUUGCGCCGCCGAGACCAUCUCUGAUCAGCGCGAAAGCGCAGCUCCGUCAGCUGCGCUCUAAGCGAGGACGCAAGCUAGCGGACCACUGGACAAGAAUUGCAGAGCUAGAACAACUCAUUGCGUCAGAACCGUCAGACCUGUCGAUCGAGCAAGAAGUCAACGAAGCAACUGUUACCCCGGCCACAAGAGCGCUCUUGGUCAAGCUUCCCCUACCCAAGCGUAGUUCCACGGAAAGCCACGAGGCAUCCAGUGCGCGCCUGGAAUCAGCUCUACAAGCCAAUGGGCCAACUUUGAUAUUUCCGGCUAGUGAUUACGGCGGCCAAAGCAGUCCUGUGAAUCAUGUUCAGGCCGUCGCACCAUGCGACACCACUGUAGAAGAAAACAGCGAGCGUUUGAAUGCAGAGUUCUCUAGCGUGCAGCGUCCAAGCGCGGAAACCCCCAAGGCUGAAGUCCAUCAAGGAGCGUCCACCAGUGCUGGCCCUCCUGCGCCCGUCAAUGCUGGAGAGGACGAGCCAAUAACUGGUGCAGAUGAUGUUGGGCAGCCAGCUCGUCUGUCACCAGAGAGUCAACCUCAAGAAGAUUACGAUGCCGCUGCUACUACACCCACUACCCCUACCGUAUCACACGAUGGGAACACGUACCUGCAAUCGACGCCAGCUCUCAGUUUGCAUUAUGUAUUGCGUCACCCGAAUGAGACUUUUCACCAUCGAGGAGCAGGUCUGUACGCGCGUGGUCUGCCGCCAGUCACUACAAAGAUGAAGACAAAAGUGUACGGUCCUGGAGCAGAAGCGUGGUAUGCACGGAGGGCUGCGACAAUUCGCGAGGCAGCUGAACCAGUGUCUGGUGGUAUCAAUGCUCCACCAUCGGCUAUGAGGCAGUCAUCUUCGCCGGCCGAGAGCAAGUCGUUGGUUGCGAGGCUUCCUAUACCACGACGUAGCAUCCCUGCGCACAACACAGAGUAUGACGGCCCGCGAUAUCAGGUACCUCCAAGCGCCGAGCGAAAUGUGCUGGGUGACCAGAGAGCCUCGCCAGUGGCCGAGCCGUCUGCUUCAGGAAGUGCGAAGCCGAUAGAGCGUGAGAAGAAUGCUGAUCGGUCUGCGUUUCCCUCACAAGAGCGAUUUACUUCUCAGAUGUCUCGGACGCAGGUAUCGACACCUUUGGCGAUCGUUCGUCCUUACAGUGUACCAUCGCCGUUGGCAGUUAUUCGGCCUUACCGCAGUUUCAACAGCCUAACAGCAACUCCAAACCAUGCGCCGCCGACGACAAAUCCAGCAGCACCAAGCCUAAGCCCAGCAAGCAGAACAGGGAAACCCGGCGGUAUCAGCCAACAUGCCACUGGACGUCAACAUGUGUCCACACUUGAUGAGGCUUACCCUAUGCCGUUCGAAGAUCCUAUGAAUAUCGACACCAAUACCAACAAUUCCAACUCUUCCGCUCCAGCGCCUGCAAAUACGAAGCAGCAGGAAAAGGAGAAGGGCGCAGGACAAGAGAAGCUCGACAAUCGCACCGCGAGAGCAAAGGGCAGUGUUGCUGAUCAGCGUCAAUCCAUCAUACUUGAUGCGUUGCAUUCGUGCAAUGGCUGCUUCCCAGGGAACGAAGAGCCUUUGUAUGUCCUAGCCACAGCUUGGAAGAAGCUACAUAGCGAAGACUUGGAUCAAAGAACUAUCGAGCUGAUCAUUAGAAACAUGGUGGACAGCAAAAAGCUCAAGAAGAUCACUUUUCAGUUCAAGACGAGCACUGGCAUGCUGAUCAAACGUCUACUUCUCCUGGAACCGAAUAUCGACCCGUACUCGCAACCAGUCAAAGAUUUGCGUAAAAACAUGGUUAGCGCCUUUCCAAGCCCUUUCAUCCCCGCUGGCAUUGAGGUCAGCAACGAGAUCAUUGCCAAGAUGGGCAAUUCGCAGAAGGGUACACGACUUACUGCUUCUGCUCCAAGUGUCGGGGCAAGACGUGAGGGAACUAAAUCACCGAGCGGACUUGGCAACGAUGUAGCUGUUCCUGGUGUCAAACGAAAACGGUCUGCCCUCCACAACGGCAACGGUAGGGAAUCCGACGAUGCCGACGAGGAUGAUGAUGAAGAGAUCAGUCCAGGGCAAGCCGCCAUGCAGGGUGAGAUGCAGCUUGGCAAUUAUUGGCACGACUCAACCGCAGUCCCCAGCAAGCUGAGGCCCUAUCAGAGACUCGUAAAGACUAUGCGGCUCGACCAUCCAACCAAAACGACCACGGGACGCUUUACUUCAACAAUGAAGGGGUCUGUCGACACUUCAAUUGGCAAGGAACCACGUAGGAGCCGAGAUGCUGAUGGCGGUAUGACGUUCGACGAUAUGACUGAACAGCAAAACCGUGCAUCAUCGGCAUUACUUCUUCGUCCAAGGCAAGAGUACUAUGAGACCAGCGGCACAUUCAGUAGUUCGGGAUGUGCGGAUGUUGAGUCUACGCCUGACUCUAGGACUCUGCGGAACCGUGCUGAUCGGUUGGAUGGGCUCAUGCAAGGCUUUGGUGCCUCAAAAAGACUGGUGACGAAGUCUGGAUCUUCAUCGUCUUCUAUGCAAGCUCGGUUGCAGCAACAACGUGAUGCUGCAAAGUUGCAGCAGCUCAGAAAGAUGGUAGAGAAUGACGGCGAACAAGCAAAGCUCGAAAGUGGCGACGCGGCAACGCUAAAACUUCUCGACAAUCGCCGAAGACAGAGAAACUGGGUCUCCUCGGACCUUCAUCGUGGCCGCAAGCCUGACGACGAUGACGACACAGAUGAAUUUGUUCCCAGCGAAGGAGGCAAUGGUGAGAAUAUAUCUGAGAGUGACGAGGACUUCUCAUCGGAGGAUGCUUCCGGAACAGCUUCGAGGCGCUCUGGUUUGGUCAAGCUGAAGGUGCGAAAUCUAGCAUCUCUUGUUGCCCCAAGCAAACCCAAGCGGAAAUACAAGUCUCGAGCGAAACAAACUGCCGCUGCAGACGAAGAUCUCGGGAAUUCAGACGUCGACUACGUGCCAGGCACUGCUAAGGUUCGCGUCAAGGCUGGCAGCGACAUCACCAACCGUGACCGGAAAUCCUCUGCGGAAUUCAAGGACACGUCCCGUCUUGUCACAGCUAUCGCGCUGGUCAAUCUUGUUUGUGGUGGAGUGAAUCAAUCACUCAUAAGUUGGGGCAUCGUUUCUCAUGCCUUGAGCUUUCGGCACGACGGUGAUUUUCUUCGCCGACGCUGGUCGACAAUUCGCAAGCUGCAUUCGGCGACCGCCAACAGAUUGCAAGAUGCUCUUCGUGAGCCAUUCUUGGAAGCGUAUCAAAAUGAUGAGCUUCCCGUUCUCGACUUUCAAAACUUGAGCGCCACAGAUUGGCCAUCUCUGUUCCAGUGGGCUGAAGAGACCAGAGCCUGGUUGGAAUCAUCUAAGGGAUCUUACCGAAUUCCCGGCUUGGUCACGAAAAGCAAACUUGAGGAGCAGUUUGAAAUACUGGAGCGCGCUCCCCUCUUCGAGCUCAGCAAGAAUGAAUACUUUACGACGCCGACAGACCUGGGUCGUAGACAUUUAGCGCUUCGCUACAACAACAGUAGUGUCUUACCUAAUCAGGUGGGGUCAGACAAAGACUCCCAAUCAGACAUGUUGCUCAAAUCUUGGGCUCGGGCGAUUGCUGUGACGAAGCAGUGGAAUUACGACAGUAUUGAGGCCUCGAAGAAGAUCAAGAAUGCGUUCCAGGCGUCUGAUGUCGAGAGAGCCACACGUUCAAUGGCAGACGCGCAUAUACUGACCCGUAGCAACAAGAGUAUUUUGCCAGGCCGCAACUUCGAGCUUUCCAACGACGUGCUUUCGCAGUUCCGGAGGUGGCCGGCCAAGCCAGACGAACACACCUACCUGCGUCAUGUCGCUGGUGCUUGGAGCCAUAUCAUGCAGUAUCUGGAACGCAACGAUCAGUUGCAAUUGAUACCCGCCGCAUCGGACCCGGAAUAUGUGAUACUCACCAACUUGGUCGCUCAAGGAGAGCUGAAGCUGACUGUUGCAUUACCGGAGAGAAACAACAACUUCGAUGCUCCGCUUCCCAAAUUCACUCCCUGGAGCUAUAGCGGUACCAACUAUGAGACCAAGAAGGUGAAUGCGGCCAUGCUCAAGUUUCCACUUGUAUACACCAAGACGUCUAAAUUCAACGCGCAUCAUGCUUUGAAGCGUGGCGUUCCAGUGCCGAGCCAGGCAGAUCUUGUUGCAGGGGAGAAAGAUCACCGCAUUCCUUUCUGGACCGAUAUUCACGGAAAUCUUAUUGACGACAUCUGGGACAUGGUGUUGCGGUCCAUUCUUCACCUCUUGGUCUUCCGAGCUGGCUCCACGGCGAAAGAAAUGGAACGGGCACACGAUCGCAAACUCUGGGCUUGGGAGAUUGAGCUGGCACUGGAAUGGAUGGAAAGGGUUGGCAUUGCGGCUCGGUGCGUCACUGGUGGUUGGCGGGCGGGCGGAUCAUGGUACUGUGCAUUCUCGCCGGAUAUCGCAACCUGGAAAGCGCCGCAGGGAGCUGAUCUUGUGACCUAUGGCUGA